CAAAAUUGGAACAAUUAUUAUUUGUCAGUGUCAUUCCAAACGAGUCAAAUUCAUGUAUUUUGAUAGGUCGUUUGUUCGUUUGGAAUAUCACUGACGGAUAAUCAUGACAGUUGUCUUCACUCUCCUUACAUACACUCUGGGGCAAACCAUUCAGAAUCAUGAAUGAUUUCAGUAUGGAUUCUAGCUCAAAAAUGCAACAAGGAUCGCGAAACCGAUUGAGUUGAUUUGCCGGGUUGUGUUGUUUUCAAUUGAGUUCUUUGCGACCGGUCUCACGAACACUAAUGAAGCUUCCUGGUUGAAAACAAUCCCAUUUACUUUUGCCGUCUUUGUUUAUUAUUUUCCACCAGCUUGUGAUGUAGUAUUUGUGUCAUGUGGCGUGUACGUACAUGAGCCGUAGAAAAGUCUAUAAGGUUUUUUUUUGGAAAAGUAAAUCAGCUGUUGCCUCCUGUCCUUAAUAAAGGCUUUAAGUGAAGUUGAAGUUUUUUUUCUGUUAUUCAUUCAUGAAUAACAAUACAGCUCUGCAGGGCGUAAUUAUUAUUGUAGAAAAAGGGUCCACUUGUGCAGAAAAUAAUGGAGAAUGCUUAUGCCCCAAUAAGCGAAGCCUGCGUCAAGGCGUUGAGCGACAAAACCUACGAAAAGCAAUGGUAGCCGACUUCAAUGCUAAGAAAAAUCUGAACCAAAUCCGACGUAUCAUCGAUGUUCUGAGCAAAGAUUUCGUCACCUCGAACGAUUCUAACAAGAAAAAGGGAGGAUUAAUUGCGUUGGCUGCCACUAGUAUUGCGCUGGGUAGAGAUACCGACAAGUUUAUCGAUGAGCUUGUAAACCCGAUAUUGAACUGUCUGAUGGAUACUGAUACGCGAGUGCGCUACUUUGCCAGUGAAUCUCUCUACAAUGUCGUAAAAGUUUCAAGAGGUUCAAUUAUUCCCCAGUUUCCGAGUUUAUUUACUUCGUUGAGUCGUUUAGUGACCGAUCCGGACCAGAGUGUGAAAAAUGGUAGCGAGCUGCUUGAUCGACAACUUAAGGAUAUCGUAAUUGAGUCGUCCAGUACAUUUGAUCUGGAUGCGUUUAUUCCGUUGGUUAGAGAACGAAUACUAGCUAAGAACUCGUUUGCCAGGCAGUUUAUUAUUUCAUGGAUCUCGGUGUUAAAUGCCGUUCCAGAGAUCAACAUGGUAGUCUAUUUGCCGGAGAUUCUACUGGGACUGUUUCAAAUGCUUGAAGACAACAUGCCGGAGAUUCAACGAAUGUGUGAAACAUUAUUGGCACAAUUCUUGAAAACGAUAAAAUCCAACCCUGCAGCGGCAGAUAUUCCGCAGAUGAUGAAUGUAUUGAUCAUUCAGGCUCAAUCCAGUAAUGCAUUGAUUCAGUUUACGGCCAUCAGUUGGAUAAAUGAAUUUGUCCAGUUAGCUGGUGGUGACAUCAUCGAGUUUUUUUCGGGGAUCUUCACGGCCAUUCUACCUUGCUUAGCUUUCGAGAGCGAAUCGAAGAAGCACAUCAAGGAUUGUGCAACCACUGUCAAUGUACACCUGCUAGAGUUAGUUUCAGCCAAGGAGGAUAAGCAGAAAAAUCUUAAAAACUUGGACCUCGAUUCGGUGAUGGAAGUUCUCCGGCAGUACCUUAUCCACAGUUCGGUGCCAACAAAGAUUGCCGUACUGAAAUGGGUUCAUCAUCUGUUCACGGAAGUGCACGAUGAAAUGUCCAGUCAUGCGAACAAUCUGUUUCCGGUGUUACUCAGGGAUUGCUUAUCGGAUAGUUCAGAUGAGGUGGUACUACAAGCGAUCGUAGUACUUGCUGAAAUUGUCAAUUCAGCAACGGCGAAAGGAAGUAACUUCGAUCAACUGCAAUACAAGCAUUUUCUGGUGGAACUUUUGACACUGUUUAGCGAAAACAAAAUCUUCCUCGAGAACCGAGGGACACUUAUUAUACGACAGCUCUGUCGGUUACUAAAUGCAGAGUACAUCUACCGAACAUUCGGCGAGAUUCUGCUGGAGGAAAACACAAAUCUAAGGUUCGCGUCCACCAUGGUCCGUACGUUGAAUAUGAUACUACUGACGACGUCGGAUUUGUUCGAUCUCCGGAACUCUUUGAGAGAUAUCAAAACUGACAAGUCCGCCUCAUUGUUUGAGUGUCUCUAUCGCUGUUGGUCGCACUGUGCAGUGUCAACGCUUUCGCUAUGUCUUCUGGCUCAGUGCUAUCAACAUGUGUCGGAAAUUGUUGUUCUAUUUGCCGACAUGGAGAUAACAGUUGAUUUUAUGGUGGAAAUUGAUAAGCUAGUUCAACUGAUUGAAUCUCCUAUUUUUGCCUCACUUCGAUUGGCUCUAGUAUCCCACGCAAACGAUAAUGUAGACGCACAACACUUAUCUCGUGCACUUUACGGCAUUCUGAUGCUACUCCCACAGACAGAUGCCUUCAAUUUGCUUCGUAAUCGGUUACAGUGCGUGCCUAACUACUGGGGACAACCGGCUCGAAUAAACUCCAAAUCGUCCAAUGAAGCUCAAAGUAAGAUCAAGUUCGAUGAACUAUUUGUGCACUUCAAACGAGUGCAGGAAUUGCACCAUAAGCAAAGGUUAGAACAGAGGAAAAAGAAUCAGUUUUAGACAAGGACAUUCAAACUGUUAUUUCUCUAAGCCUUAAGAUAUAAAGAGCAGCAUUCCAGUAUGUUAAA